AUGGCUCAAGAGAGGCUCAAAUCCGUCAUCAAAGGGUCCAAAGACAAGAUCCUCGGGAUUGGGCUAACUUCGAUAUCCCGUCUGUUUUCUUCGGGUGAAUCAAAGGCCAGGCAUCUCACAAAUGUAGAUGUGCCUGCUUUCGAGCACCCACCCGCGGUGCAGUGGCAAAGUCCCUUGCUCACUCUACCUCGGGAAAUCCGAGAUAUGAUCUGGAGGGAACUUUUGGGUGGAAUGCUACUGCACUUGUGGAUGGAAGAAUCUGAGCCCGAUAGACUUCAGGGAGCCCUGUGCAGGGCCAGUGAUGUGGCUUGUCGACUCAAAUGCCGAGACUGGCUCGAAAAGCCUGGGGUUGAGCAGUGGCCUAAAAUUGGAGUCAUGGGCUGUUUGACCAGCUGUCUUCAGAUGCAAGUGGAGUACGCCGAGGGAGCUCGCUAUCUCUACGAACUCAAUUCUUUUGAUACACGAUCUGUAGAAGUUGUCAACCAUCUCUCGUGCUCUUUCCCAUCGGAACGAUACAAUGCUAUCCGCUCUUUGACGUUGUGUUGGACUCUCCCCGAAGCUCCGUCGCUGCCGACUGCGGCAAGGGAGCUUUGUAAACAGGCCGCGUUUGACGAAGCAAUGGAGCAGACCAAAGGGCACCAGAGACAAUGGAUCCAGGCCUGGAAAUCACUUGCUGAAAUGCGAAGCCUCGAGAUCUUGAGAGUAGAACUGAAUAUUGUGGGGAGAGAAGAUGGAUGGGGGGUUUGGGAUGGUCAAUGGACGGUGGCAGAUCUUGAUAUCGUCAAAGUCGUGGAGCAACCGCAUAGAUUUACGCUAAUGACCAGCGAUCAAGUAGUGAAACGACUGCGAGAUCGGAUCAAGGCACCAAAUUUAACAAUUAUUGGUCCAUCCGAUGAGGAAAUGCCAAUAGGGGUCGACUUAGAUACCCAAGAGCACCGCUAG